ACUCGCUCACUAUAUCGUAUCGUCUCGUCGUCGUACCUACCGGAUCGAAGUACCGAUUGAGCACACACAGGCAGCUAGACAGAUCGCUCGCAUGUGCUGGUGAGCGGUACACGGCGGGCGGGCGGUGGUGUGCGCCGCCAUCGGGACAGCCGGUGCACCGCCCGCCCGCCGCGCCCUCCCCGCUACGCGCGCGGCUGCGAACACCGCGCCGCGACCGCGUCAUUGAACAACAAGACUCGCUCGAUGGCAGGCGUUUUCCUGCCAAUAUGAAAACAGUUAAGCGACUCUAUCAUAAAAUACGCGAUAGUGGAAUUUCUGUUAUUCUUAUUUUAUAAAUAAUUUAUUUUUAUAGUGUUAUUACAUUGAAAAUCAUAUUUUUAUUUGUUAGUGAAUGAAACCUAGAUAAUUAUUGUAAAACGGGUGUUGUAUUAUCCGUACAGUGCUCUGUGAUUGUUUUGUUUAAAUAUUUUAAACUUCGGAAAAAAUACGUUUAUCAGUGCCAGUGUGGAUCGGCUAUCAAGUUACGAUGCAAUCGAGUGAUCGACGUAUUAACUAGUGACUCGAUCGAGGUGUUUUUGGAUUCAUUGACACGAGCGACUCUACAUUGUCAUCCAUAGGUGGAAAACCUACAAGAAUUGUGGACGACACUGAUUCAAAUAUGUGUUGUGAUUUGCAGAUGCUCUCGGUUCAAGCGCCGGGGUGCGCGGGCAUGGAGCGGCUGGGCGCGCCGGGGGGACCGCGCCUGCGGCACGACAGUUAUCACCAUUCUACAUUGGAAUGGGAGAAACAGCAAAGGCUACAAGCAAUGGUGGGGCGUAUCCAGGAAAUGGUGGAGCAAGAUGCGCGCGCGCGGUCCGCCGCCGCGGCGGAGCGGCUCGGUCUGCCGCCCAGCAUACAGUUGCCCGACGGCGAAUACGGCCAGGACGCACACCUACAGAUACGAGUCCCUUAUCAGCAAGCCGAGCUGACGACAAGCAGCUUCCAGCCUCCGCCGAACAAGUGCGUGAGCGACGUGCCAGAGUGGGCGGGCGCGGCGGAGGCGACGGCGCGCGGCGCGCGGGGCGGCGGCGGCGGGGCGGGGGCGGGGGCGGGCGCGGGUGCCGCAGCGGCCGCCAGCAAGAAGGAUGGGCUGCUGCAGAAGGCGACGCGGUGGUGGGUGCGCAUGGGCACGCGGCCACCGCCCCCCUUCCUGGCGGCCACGGCGCCACCGCCCUGCGUGAUGGUGCCGCGCCGCGCGCCGCCCUCGCCGCCGCCGCCGCCCGACGCGUGACCGAGCCGCGCGUACCACACCACGCUUACAUUCCAUUGUCGGGACGAUGACGCGGGCCGCGCCGGGCGGCGCGCGAGGCCUCGGCCGCGUCGCGUCCUUCGCGCCGUCUGACUUUCGCGAACGCUAAGACUGAAACGGACGAUACGCUCCGGAGUCCCCGUCGUCGGAGCGCGCCGUCGUCUCGGGCGAGAUUGACUCGGACGACGUUCGAUGAACUCUCGAUUGUGACCCGCGACGACGUCGUACGCUAUGAGGGGCAAGUCGGUCGACGUCGAGCCGACGACGACGUCUCGCAGUGUACUGUUUCAUGUUGACGUGACCCGUUUGAAGUUUAAUUUCUACCCGGCAGCUGUAUAUAAUGUCUGUGUUUAAACAACUUUUAUAUUUAUUUGUAACCGCAAUGUGUGCGGAGGGAUGCAUAUCAAUACGGUAAAAGCGAGGAAUGUUAAUUUACGAAGCAUGGUACUAUUUAAUUGUAAAUAUUAGGUUAAUAUUAAUGGCCGAACGCCGAAUCCGAGGGUCUUUUCGAUUGAGUGUUUGCUACAUUCCAUAUUUAUGUUGAAAUAUUCUCGAUACUACUCACUGUACUGUACACGCCACACGCCGCUUGUCGCCUGCAAUAGUGGUCCUUCUCGCCCUACUACUGAACUCACUCGUAUUCCGCGGAUGUAUUGUCGUGCCGACAAUAGGUAAAUGAUUAGUGAGUGAUAUUAGAAUGCAAUUAAAUAGAAAUCUCAUUAGGGAAUAGACGUUGUUUAAAUUAAAACAUUGGUUGACUUAGUUUUAAAUUAGGUACUUAUGUAUUUAUUAUUUAUGUUAUUAUAAAGCCUCGUAUCCAUUCUGAUGCAAAAGUAGUGCGAAACGAGCGACCCAUGGGUUCUAUAAUGUCUGUCACAUCACAUUGAAAAAACCGUCGAGAAAAAUGACUAUUUAUUAAUAUAUAUAAUAAUAAAUAUUUCCAACAAUCACACCAAUUAGCCUAACCCCAAAGUUAGCACUGUACUAGGGUAACGGAUAGAAUACAUAUACUGAUACAUAUAUAAGCAUAUUUAAGAAAUACAUAUUAACACCCAUGACUGAAGUACAAAUGCUCGUAUUCAUCACACAAACAUCUGCCACCACCAGGGAUUCGAACCCGGGACCUCUCGAGUAGGCGAGACCUUCAAACCCGGCGUACAAACCACUCGGCCAUGGAGGUCGUCAUAAAGGCAUACGUUGCAUAGUGAAUACGAGGCUUAAAUAAUUGAAACACACAUUGUGCAUUAUUUGUUGAGAGUAUAUAUUAAUUCAGCAUAAAUAUUUAUAUAUAUAUUAAAUUAAACAAUUUUAAUAAAAAUGCACAAUGUGUGCAACUAAUGUGGAGACUUGAGAGAUUAUUCUUCAAAGCCACGUCUGGACUAUGAUUGUAAUAAUUAUUAUACUAGAUAGGUAAAAAAAACAUUAAUAACAUCAUGGAAGUUUUAUUGUAAACAAAUUGGGAUAUAGCUUCAUAGUUCAUAUUGAGUGAACCGAACUAUACUGAAACAGUAGGUAGUUAUCCAUAAAUCGCGUAGGCCUUGCAAUAAUUCUUUAUAUCAUAAUAAUAUUUACUCGCCAUAUAACUUAUGGAUAACUACGUAUAUUUAUAAAUAUAUAAAGAUAUAUUAUGUUCCGUUUCCAACCAGAAAAAUAAAGAUUGCCCGAAACCGUGCCUUGAAAGCUAUAAAAAUCGGUUGACACUUUCAUAACUGUGCAUACAUACAAGUACAAAAUCAUUUGCAUUUGCGUUUGAGAGAGUUCAUUUAGUUACCUAAUUAAGUUAUUUAAAUUAAUAAAUAUGAAGUUUAUUUUUCUGGACAUAUCUUGUAUUUAUUUACUUUGUUUCAAUCAAAUAUUAAAUCAAUUCGAAAGUUAGAACAUUAAGAAUUAUGGUAAUAUUGCACUGAUUUGUCUAUUUACAUGUCGAAUAUAACUAUUUUUUUUUAUUAUUAUGUAAAAUUUAUCUCAAGGUGACAAUAAAUACUAUAAUAAAUACCUACUAUGUCAUAUUUAGCCUCAAUUUGUUAUGUUCCUUAUGGAUCAUAAGUUUGUGUAAAAUAUAUUAUUUAAUAAGCAGCUUAGUUGUCCAGACGAGGUUAUUCAUGCCAAUAAUUAGGACUGAACUAUGCCAUUCAUUGUUCGGAGUAAAAUAAAUAAUUUAUUAUUUGGAAACCUUAAGAUGAGUCAAUUUUAUAGAAAAAAUAUAACAAUACUGCAUCAUCCUAUUUAUACGGACUUUUGUGAAAUUUUAUGUCUUUCUGUACAUUCGAAGGAGUUGCUGGUGUACCACUUUUAAACUAUAUUUGCUUGAAACAACGCGAGGAAUCUCUUCUAUUUGUCAUCUAGGGCAAUCGCCACCAACUUGUUCGAUUGUACAUUUACCGUUUCGUUUCGACACCACUAUAUCCUCACGGGUUUACAGCUUGUUGAAUAGCCACUCGUAUAUUAAGGUGAUAAUAAAAUUGAGUUGUGCGAUAUAUAUAAAAGAGUAUGUUUAUGACUGUCUCGCUGUUUGUCCGAGAUGAUAAGUAGAAAAUCAAUACUUGUGCAAAAUGCUGACAAAAUAUAAAAGUUGUUUAAAGUAGUUUCACAGAAUAGAUUUAUAAUCUAGACGCAAACAAUAUUCCAUUUGUCAUAUAAAUAAGUAAACGCAGAAGCAAAUGUUUAAUAAUAAAAAAACUGCAUUAAAUUAUGACCUACCAAUAAUGAAAAC